AUGGGAAUUUGGGCGCUUCCGACGCUUCUGGUGACCGGGCUCCUCACCGCCCUUGGCACGGCGGAUGAGCAGAUGGUGUCUGUGGCCGUUCAGGAGGCCGCCGAAGGCGCCGAGGCCCUCCAUUUUCUGCAGCUCCACGGGCACUCGCUACCGCGUGCAGCGCAGCUUCGGGAGGUUCGCGUAUUCCGGCACUGCGUGCGCAGGGUGAGCAGCAAGGUGACUGGGGCAAAGCCAGGAUAUGCCCAUGCCAGCGACUACACGACUCUGCCGCUGCCUGUUUGGAACACGCCGGCGAUGUGGUGUACAGGCCGCGGAGCCAAGUUGAUCGAGAGCGAAGCACGACAGCUCCGGAGCAGCGACGCAACUCUCGACCCAUCCACCCUCAGGAUGUUGGUGGAUGUGGACCAGCGGGACGCCACCACUGCAGACUCCUUGCUACAGGGCUUCGCAGACAACAGCCGGGCCUUCACCGCCCAGGCAGAGUACUCCCCACUUCUCUUCGAUGCCUACUCUCCCGGAAAAGGCCCAGGCGUUUGCCAUGCCCCCGAUAUGGAGCUGGACAUCGCGCAAAAGGCACAGCUCCUGAAGGAGACGCCUAUGCCAAUGGGCGUCGGACUUGUGGGUGAGAUGAACCGUACCAGGUACAUGGAAGUCCUGCGGCUGAUGGAGAGCUUCAUCGGCAUCGGCGCGGCGGGGCCGCUGACGGAUCUGACGAGCCCGGCCGUUGGCAGGACGACGAGCAAAGCUGGCAAAGUGAAGGGAAUGAUCACUGGGGCGCCCAUUGUGCUGAAGCGCUUCGCGCAAAACAUGCUGUACUCGCACGCCUCAGGCAUUCUCUACAGCAACGCGAGCCUGGAGCAGAUCUACGAUUUCAGCUCCUGGAUCUACUGGCUUCGUCAGGUAUCCGAAACUCCGGUCAAACUUGUCUCGCAGAAGGCCUGCGGCGGUCUCUCCAUCAUCGCCAAGCUGCUGGGUACCUCGGCGGAAGACGCCCGUGCCCACAGCACGGUUUACGUGGGGCACGACAGUGACCUGGACGCCUUGGCAUACCUCUUCAACUUGACCUGGGAGGCGCCUCCCUUCCGAGCGCGUCGGCCCACCCCACCGGGAUCAUCCUUGGCAUUCGCGCCGCAAGGAGGCGGCAGGGCUUCGGUCCACUUCGCCUACCAGGACUUCAACUUUACGACGGACCGAGCAGGUAAACAGAUCGCGCCGGUCAAGAUCGUGAAGACUUCACCUGCACAUGUCAAUCUGGCGCAUGCCAAGGAUUGGAUCGAGAAGCAAAUCGUCAAGUUCGCAGGUCAGGACUGCCUCGAGGCCUGCAAGAGCGCCCUGAGCUUGAGCUGA